CCCCAACAAAAUAAAUUUUGGUUUGACCUACUGUGAAUGAAUAAUACAAACCAUAAAAUAUAGCAAGAUAUAUCGUUUUAUUUUACAUGUUGCAAUACCUUUCUUUGCAUAAAUUUUAUGAAAAUUUGACACGCUAGUUAAAAUGUCCUGUCUUACUCAGCGUUAAUAGAGUAUACUUUUAAACAACUUAUCACUAAUAGAUAAACGAAAUUGCUGAUAAGCACGAAUGAUAGACUAAUAUAGUAUCUUGAUUCUAUUACAAAAGUCACGUUUUGAUAAAGCCUCUCACACUGUUCAAUUCUCAUAAAUAUUUGAACAAAUAACAUUACGAUGAAAAAAUGCAAUCAAACGACUCAUAUGUGAUUGAUCCGCCAUCAUUAAGCUGCAUCGAAGAAGUUAAUACUAAUUACGAAGGAAUUUUUAACCACGUUGUAAAUGAUAUUAAUUAUGAGGAGUUGUGUCUGGGUGAUGCAGUUGGUGAGACAAAGUACACAAAUGACAAUUUUUUAGAUUUUGUCGACGUAUAUUGCCAAGAAAAAUUUUCUCCACUGCUAUAUUCUACAAAUCAUCUAAAAACGGAAGAAUUUGAUAAAUUCUCACAAAACGGAAAACAAGAAAUUAUUCAUGAUCAAUGCAACCUCAACUUCAUCAGUGAACAUCCAUAUAUUUUUGUUUUGAAUCAGUCUGAAAAUAUUCUAUCGAAUAAAAAAUCAAAAAUACAAAUAAUGCAUGACUAUGUAAGCUUAGGUCAAGACAAACCUUUUGUAACUAUUCAGCAAGACGCGUCUUGUGUAAUGGAUGAAACUGAUUUCUUACCUAAAUUUAAUUUAGCAAAGAGAGAAUAUCGACAUCAUAACACUGUAGAAGAAAGAUCAAUCAACUGCAAAGACUUCUCUAAAUUAAGUUCAUCAUACUUUCAACAAAGCUAUACAACUAAAAAAGAUGAAAAUUUCCACAAAAAACUAGUUUCAAUUAUUAACGAUGACGAAAUUGAAAAAUUAAGUGGGGAAAUAUACAGUUUAGAAUAUUAUAGAUCAUGCAAUAAAUUAUUGUCAAUGAAAUCAAGACCUUUGGCUAAUUUACGACAAACUAAUGAAGAUGCUGAAAGAAAUCAUAAAGCAUUAGUAGAUUUAAAUAAAAAGUGCCGAAGUAUAAUACGAAAAUUUAAGAAUGGUUUAUUUACAAUAGAUACUAUAUUCAAAUGGAAUGAGUUACGUUCUAAAGAUGGUCCUAUGAGUUGCUCCAUAUGUCGGUGUAAUAAAUUUUUUAAACGACCUGGCUCGAUUGCGAAUCAUAUAUAUAGAGUACAUGAAAAGAUACUUCGAGAAGCAUUAGAACGUGGUGAACUUCAUAAAAUAUUGGAGAAAAAUCAAAAACCGAUAGGCGAUUGGUCUAUUGAAAAUGAUCAACACCUUACAAUACCAUGUGAAGAGUUAAGUCAGCAAAACUACUGCACAGUUAUGAAUUCAAUGGGGUUUAAACUCCUUCAUGAAAGUUCUCCCUUCUUGAGCAGCUGCAACUCAUCACUCGAUAAUUAUGAUUCAUCGUACUCUAUGACUGAACAAGAACAGAACUUAGAUUCAAACGUAGAGAAGUAUGAAUUAGAACAGGCACUUAAAACUCUAAAGCAAGAUUUUGAUAAGUUUUAAAAAUUCUCUGCUCUUGCACAAAUUUUUGUCAACAAAAAAAAUAAUUCGAGCAUGAAAGAAAGUACCUUUGCUGAUAAAAGAAUUCAAGAAAAAGACAUCAUCUUCAAUUUUGUAACGGGAGUGUAAGCUUCCGUCCAAUUGGUCGCCCCUUUCGUCUCCUGAAAAGGCGCCACUGGGAUUUUGUACACGGUGUCCCAGAAAGGGGAGGAGCAUAACAGGAAAGAUCAAGGUUGUGAGAAGUUCAGGCGGCUAUAAAUAAUACUGAGAAAAAAGAUCAAUUUAAAUUAAAUUGUUUAUUUCAAAUUAACUAAAUUUCAAAUCAACAUAUUAAAUUUAACAAUAAUUUCCCUAAAAAUUAUCUUAAUAAUUAAUUACGUGCGAACCUCUCCACUAAUACGCAGGCAACUUGCCAGAAAAUCUUACAAAUAAAUAUCGACCAAUAUACUUAAUUUCUAAGU